AUGCCGACUACCCGAAGUGGUGCGACAUCCGGAGUUCCUUCUCCUCCAUCGACUGGAGCUGCUGCUCCUAGCCCAGAGCGUGUGGUCACGGAGGAUUAUGCGGUAAUCGGAGCUGCUGCUCCUUCCACUGAGCCUUUACCGCCUUUACCUGGCGCUCUCACUGCGCCCUUGGAUGACUCCCUUUCCAGGAUGGAGGAUGCUGAGAUUGCCCUACGAGAUGCUGCUUCGAUAGCUAUUACUCAGGUGUGGAGAGACGCCCGGUCUCAGACGUCAGCCCUGGCUCAGAAAAUUAAUGAAGGUAACACUUCAUUGUCUCGUAAGUUGAAUGAGUCCUUUUCAGCGUCACUUACUCCGUUAGUUUCUUUGGCACGCGUAGUGAGGAUCACACAGAGACUCUUCUGCCCGUUUCAGCAGAAGAAUGUAAACUUUAUGUCUCGGCAUAAGAAGUGUGCUCACGGCGAACUUUCUCAGCACGGCACCAGUUGGCGUUCCACUAACGAACUAAUGUUCGAAUUCCCAUCCGCACCGUUCGGUUGCUGCACUGAGCACAAGUUAGCCAUUCCUAAUUGCUACCUGGUAGAAACAGUAGUCCACGCACGCCACGGAGAGGAAACCCCGGAGUCAGCCGCUGAAGACUUGCGCUCAUUGUCCCUACAAGGAUGGUUCAUGUGUCUUGGCCGACGGCUCGGUGAUCAUCUGGACACCCGAGCAAGAAGAGAGCUGUCGCUUCGUUCUCGCUUUUUAAGAUGA